UGUGAGUUACCAUGGUGAUUCGGCCCGGUCGCCAGAAGAGCACGCGCCAGCUUCAAGAAACCCCAAGUUACCUCGGUAACCGCAGAGCCUCGGGUCCGGAGGCCUCGGGUCCGGACCGGGGGGGUGUUCACCCCCUUCAGGAAAGUGAAUGUGGGUUAGUGACGACACUUCCCCCUCCCUCUCUCUCCCUCCCUCCUUGGAUUUAUCCACGAAGUUGUCUCUCCUCCCCGCCUCUCUCUCUCUCUCCAGGGCGCAGGGAAGCGAACAUUUCUGCCCUCUUGUGUUUUUUUUUUCUCUCUCUCUCUUCCUACCAAAGUAAAUCAAAACAAGCCACCAACAUGUCGCCGCCGUCUCGACGGCUUCAGACGAAGCCGGUGAUCACCUGCCUGAAGACCUUCCUCAUCUCCUACAGCCUCAUUUUCUGGUUCACAGGCAUGAUCCUGCUGGCAGUCGGGGUGUGGGGGAAGGUGAGCCUGGAGAACUUUCUGUUCCUGGCCUCCGAGGAGAGCACCAAUGCACCAUAUGUCCUCAUUGGGACUGGAGCCAUCAUCGUUAUUUUCGGGCUGUUCGGCUGCUACGCUACAUGCCGCGGCAGCCCAUGGAUGCUCAAACUGUAUGCCAUGUUUUUGACCUUGGUGUUCCUGGCUGAGCUUGUGGCGGGCAUCUCAGGCUUUAUCUUCAGACACGAGAUCAAGGCCAAUUUGGGCACGGCCUAUGAAAAUGCUGUGAAAUUCUACAAUAGCACUGACAGCAGCAGCACGGCAGUGGACACCAUCCAGCAGAGUUUGCACUGCUGCGGAGUGAAAAAUUACACGGACUGGAGCGACACAGCUUACUUUAAAGAGAAGGGCAUCCCAGCCAGCUGCUGCAAAGAAAGCGCCAAGUGUGACCCUGAGACCCUGAAAGACCUCGACAAGGCUGAAAAUGAGGUGUACACGACGGGCUGCUUUGCCAUGGUGACCAGUGUAAUGGAAUCCAACCUGGGAAUCAUCGCAGGGAUCUCGUUUGGGAUUGCAUUCUUCCAGCUCAUUGGGAUAUUCCUGGCUUGCUGCUUGUCUCGAUACAUCACCAACAACCAGUACGAGAUGGUCUAACAGUGACCUUCCACAGGUCACUGAUGGGCAGCUCCUGACGAAAACUGACUUAAUAUGGAUCACCUGUGAUUUUAAUAUUUUGUGUGUUUCUGUAUGUGUGUGUUAGUUAUUAUCCCUUUAGCGAGGGAAAAACACUCUGCUUCUUCCUGUAUUCUGUCUCACCAAUGGGAAAACAAGUAGAAGGGAAAAAUGUUACAGGAAAAUUAAAAAGGGAAAAAAAACCUGCAGUGUAGUUUGACCAAAAGGGAAAGGGGCCUGGAUAAUUUGGAGAUCAGUUUUACUCCUGGGAUUUAAUGAGGGCAUUUCCAUGAAGAUAUAGAUAUUACUUUUUUCAUUUGAGUUAAUUAACUCAACCAUUUUCUUGUGUCUUUGUAUAACACAGCUGCCUUAUUUUGUAAUUUUGCUAUAUUUAGUCUGUAGCAAAUGAAAUGUAGAUGAUAAGCUGAUAAAUGUUCAAUUUCUCUCAACACUAAGUGAAUUUGUCUGUAUGAAGCCGAUUUAGCCUGAGAGAUGGACAAGAGGUCACCACCCUGAAAUCAAAUACGUGUGACUUACAGUAAGGACUCAGGAAAACGAGCCUUAUUAAUGAUUGCUCAGGCCAGUAUUCCGUGUGUGUGCUGAUCACAGCUGCCCGGCCACCUUCAUAUCACAGUUUGCAGUGUUAAAUUGUUGUUCUUCUGUGGAUGCAUGUGAGAUGUUUGGAGAAAAAAAAAUAAAGAUGAAAUCCAGUAUCUUUGCCAAA